CAACAACAACAACAACAACAACAACAACAACAACAACAACAACAACAACAACAACAACAACAACAACAACAACAACAACAACAACAACAACAACAACAACAACAACAACAACAACAACAACAACAACAACAACAACAACAACAACAACAACAACAACAACAACAACAACAACAACAACAACAACAACAACAACAACAACAACAACAACAACAACAACAACAACAACAACAACAACAACAACAACAACAACAACAACAACAACAACAACAACAACAACAACAACAACAACAACAACAACAACAACAACAACAACAACAACAACAACAACAACAACAACAACAACAACAACAACAACAACAACAACAACAACAACAACAACAACAACAACAGCAACAACAACAACAACAACAACAACAACAACAACAACAACAACAACAACACACAACAACAACAACAACAACAACAACAACAACAAAGCAACAACAACAACAACAACAACAACAACAACAACAACAACAACAACAACAACAACAACAACAACAACAACAACAACAACAACAACAACAACAACAACAACAACAACAACAACAACAACAACAACAACAACAACAACAACAACAACAACAACAACAACAACAACAACAACAACAACAACAACAACAACAACAACAACAACAACAACAACAACAACAACAACAACAACAACAACAACAACAACAACAAUGCCUCCGCCGGGAUUUUGCUCCCCCUGCAUUGAACCGCUUCUGUCCUUCCUGUGUCCUUGUUCCGGAGGAGGUUGAAGGAGGAAGCAGUGGACAACCUUCGAGUCACUAUGGGAGUGAGAGCUACAAGGCACUCAGUUUGUUGUCACUCUACGUGGUGAGUGGGAGUUGCUUCCUGACUGAGCAAAGCACCUGCCAGUUCAAGGUGACAGUAUCCAUUCUCCUCUCCAGAACAUGCAACGGUGUCGUCCCAUAA